ACACAUUAUUGGUUGUAGAAUCUGUUGGAAUACAAAUAAGUAGUAAAAAAAUAUUCACCGGUUUCAAUUACAGCCAUUUUUUACCCUGGACCACUGUGGAAGAUAUAUUUAUCAACGAGGUCAUCACAGGGCAAAGAGUACUUUACUACCUCACCUUUGUUGUCAAAGAAUUUGUCAACGGUGAGGAGAGGACGAGGCUGGUGCCAUUGUUUCAAGAAUUGAAACCAGCAAAAGAAUGCCUGGAGUAUAUGUACAAGGUGCUGGCAAACCUGAUUGGUCCAGAAUCCUGCAAACGGAGCCAGUCUUGAAUAUACCUGGUUCUUACUGGCUUUCGCAUCGACAACAUAUAUACAAGUUCACCUUUAAAUAUAGUGAGCCAAUCAGGGAGGGCGAGGAAUUUUUAUACAAGACUGAAUUGAUGAAAGUCAUCAGACGUAUAAUCAGGUAUCAACCUGAUCAAGGUCAGUUGAGUACCAGACACCUCUCUGUUAAUUACAGCCAUACUUUUUGGACACGUCAAGACAAAAUGUUUGCCAUGUUGAAAUUUCGCAACAGGCACGUAACAACGCCAUAUCCAGAGGCGUUCAUACUGACCAUUCGUGUUCAUGCCGCACCAACGUUGCCACUGGUAGAUUGCGGUUCGGAACAGACCGAGGGCAAUCAGAACAGCUUGAGGCUUCAUCAGUUUGUAAAUCUCCAAAAUCAUCCGCAAGCAAUCAUGUCAAGCGUUCAUAGGCGUAAAUUAUUGCCAGAUAUUUCAUCAAAGUGUAAAGGUUCCGAACAGAUGCGGAAAGCAAGGGGCAGAUUAGUUACGUGGACGAAUUCGACUGCUGUUCAUAAUCCGGUGGAUUAUGACAGUAGUCAUUCAGAAUUUGAAAAAGUGAAGUUGAGCAGAAAUGAAAUAGGAAUGGCAAAGGUGAGUGGAGCAGACUCACAACCGGGUGCCUUACGCUUGUCAAACAUCACCGAUCAAGUCAUGGAAGGCUUGAUGUUUACCAUAAAGCAGGAUGAGGAUAAUAUCAGGGUGGUGGAAGAAAAAACAAAAAUGGAAUUGGAUGAAGUCUUGGAAAAUUCAGAGAACAUAGAAACUGAGGCAGGAGAAAAAUGUCUAGUAAAUUCCAGCCUACUUGGACUGCAAAAUCUUGUGAAAAAAAUUGAACAAUCCAGCAAGAAAGUCGAUAUUCCCACAUCGAUUCACACUGCUGCUAGACUUCACGAUAGAACUUUACCUUUAUCGAAUGUGAAAAUUCCUACUUACCAUGCUGAUUCAACAUUUUUGGGAAGAAAUUUGGAGUCAAAUGAUAAAGAUGUUCCAGAGAAUACAUCUUUAGAGAUAUCAACUCCCGUCCAAAAUGAAUUCACUCUGAUAAAAUCAGAAGGGUCAAGCUCGGUGAGCAUGGGAACGGAUAUUGCUGGAAAUUCAUGUAAAAGUUUAGUGAAAGAUACAUGCAACGAAAUUCCACAAACAUUGCAGAAUGUUGAGACAAAAAUGGUAGAUCACAACAGUGGGAGUGGCGGAAACGAAAAGAAUGACGACACCAAAAUUAACUUUAAAUUAGGUAUAGACACCAAGGUUCAAAUAGACAUGUGGAAGUUACUGCGAGAUAUUACGCGAGGGGUCAAAGUAAUGGUUGAGCGUAUCAGUGACUCUGCCAUAAAAAACGUUACUAGAUCCACAGAGAUUCCUUCGUGUGUGGCUAGAAGUGUAUCAUGUCACGUAUCAACAAAAACCUCAAAGUAAAGUGAUACGCAGGAAAAAGUGCACAGGAUUAAUGACGUUCCUUGAAAAAAUCCCCAGAUAUACCCAUAUUUGGUUGCUAAUUGAGAAUAGAUAGUUGUAAAGAUUGACAUCAUUUGUGAUGAACAUGUCCCCGAUUGAUUAAAAUAAAUCUAUGCAUCUAGACUA